GGGUGGUUUUGCUGGGAACAUGAAAAGAAUAGGUACAUAUGCUUACUGCCUUGUUCUUUUCUGGUGUUUUUGGUUGUCUGAGUUUCAUCUUGUCUUUACAAUUACUGAGAAAGAGAUCUUGCUUCAAUUCAAGGGUAACAUUUCCACUGACCCAUUUCAAAGUUUGAGUUCUUGGGACCCUAGUAAAAGUCCUUGCCAAGAUUAUAGUGGUGUGGCCUGCAAUUCAGAUGGAAAGGUAGAGAAGAUUGUGUUGUAUAAUACUAGCCUGGAGGGAGAGCUUUCUCCUGCCUUAUCAGGCUUGAAAUCCUUGCGCACUCUUAUGUUGUUCGGGAAUCGAUUCACAGGAAACAUUCCCGGGGAUUAUGGUGGGAUUGAAUCUUUAUGGAAGAUUAAUUUGAGCUCCAAUGCCUUAUCCGGGUCAAUCCCAGAAUCUCUUGGGGGUCUGCCAAAUUUAAGGUUUCUUGAUCUGUCUAGAAAUGAGUACACUGGGGAGAUUCCUCCAGCUUUGUUCAAGACUUGCACCAAAACGCGUUUCAUCUCGCUCUCACACAAUGGCCUUUCUGGUUCGAUUCCCGAAUCAAUUGGGAACUGCCAGAGUUUAGAAGGGUUGGAUUUUUCGUUUAACAAUAUCGGUGGCAAUUUGCCUUCACAAAUCUGUGAUAUCCCUGGAAUGGUGUACUUGUCCUUGAGAAACAAUGUACUAGAAGGAAGUGUUCAAGAACAGGUCUCGUCUUGUCAAAGAUUAGAGCUUUUGGAUCUCGGAAGCAAUUUGUUUACUGGUAUUGCCCCUUUUGAGGUCCUUUCGUCGGUAAACCUCACAUAUUUCAAUAUUUCUAAUAACGAGUUUCAGGGAGAGAUUCGGAAUAUUGAGACGUGUAAUCAGAGAUUAGAAGUUCUGGAUGUUUCGAGGAAUGAUUUCUAUGGGGAAAUUCCUUCGGACAUUGCGAAAUGCAGUUCUCUAAAGUAUUUGGACUUGGGGUAUAAUAAACUCAAUGGAACUAUACCAGUUGGGAUUGCAGAUCUGAAAAACCUCCGGCUUAUUCGAUUGGCAAAUAAUACUAUUACGGGGAUGAUCCCGAACCAGUUAGGGAGCAUUGAGUUGCUUGAAGUUCUCGAUUUGCAUAAUCUCUUGUUAAUCGGUGAAAUCCCAGAUCAGAUUAGCAACUUCAAGUAUCUUCUUGAGAUGGAUAUUUCAGGGAAUCGGAUACAAGGAGAGAUACCACAGAAGCUUUACAACAUGUCGAACCUCAAGAUUCUCGACCUACAUCAUAACCAGAUUGAUGGGAGCAUUCCGACGACAAUAGGGAAUUUGUCUAACUUGCAUUAUUUGGAUUUAUCAGAAAACCGGUUAGCUGGAUCAAUUCCAGUUAGUCUCGGGAGCUUGAAAAACCUAACUCAUUUCAAUGUUUCUUACAAUCUUCUAUCCGGGGAGAUCCCUUCGAACGAGACCAUCCAAAGCUUUGGAGCCUCAGCGUUCCUUAACAAUAGCGGUCUCUGUGGGCCCCCACUCGAUCCAUGCUCCCCCGGUGGCACUGCUUCAGAAGGCGGGAACGGGAAGCCUAAGUUGAGCCCUUCUACAAUCGUUGCUAUUGUUGCUGCUGCUAUAAUUCUUGCGGGUGUCAUUGUAAUAACGAUUAUCAAUAUGAAGGCUCGUAAGCGGAGAAGAGUAGAGGAGACGAUGAUCGUCGAGAGCACUCCACUCGCUUCAUCCGAUUCGAAUGUCAUUAUUGGAAAGCUCGUUCUUUUCAGCAAAACUUUGCCAUCGAAGUACGAGGAUUGGGAGGUUGGCACUAAGGCUUUGCUUGACAAGGAGUGUCUGAUUGGCGGGGGAUCAAUUGGAACGGUUUAUAAAUCCAGCUUCGAAGGUGGGGUUUCCAUUUCCGUUAAAAAGCUAGAGACCCUGGGAAGAAUCAGAAACCAAGAUGAAUUUGAACAAGAAAUCGGACGGUUAGGAAACCUCGAACAUCCUAAUCUUGUCCCUUUACAAGGCUACUACUGGUCUUCCAGUAUGCAGUUAAUACUAUCCGAGUUUGUUCAAAACGGGAACCUGUACGAGAAUCUACACGGGGUUAACUAUCCCGGAACCAGCACGGGUGUGGGUAAUCCCGAACUAAACUGGCCCCGAAGAUUCAGGAUUGCGUUGGGGACAGCCAGGGCGCUAGCCUUCCUUCACCACGACUGCAAGCCUCCUGUCCUCCAUCUCAACGUGAAGUCCACGAAUGUACUCCUGGACGAAAACUACGAGGCCAAAUUGUCGGACUAUGGUUUGGUAAAGCUACUCCCCCUUCUUGACAAUUACGGGCUAACCAAAUUCCACAAUGCAGUUGGGUAUGUUGCACCCGAGUUGGCUCAGAGUAUGAGACUGAGCGACAAGUGUGACGUUUAUAGUUUCGGAGUGAUCCUGCUGGAGCUGGUCACCGGGAGGAAACCCGUGGAGAGCCCGGCAGCGAACGAGGUAGUGAUUUUGUGUGAAUAUGUUAGGGGGUUGAUAGAGAGGGGCGCGGCUUCAGACUGUUUUGAUACGAGUUUGCGGGGGUUCGUAGAAAAUGAGUUGAUUCAAGUUAUGAAAUUAGGCUUGAUUUGUACUUGUGAAAUUCCUUUGAGAAGACCAAGCAUGGCUGAGGUUGUUCAGGUGCUUGAGUCCAUCAGAAAUGGUUCAGAAUCAUAACAACAUUGGAGGAGAGGAUGUAGGUGUUCUUGGGUAGAAAGAUUCUUUUGUAUUCAUUUUGGGAUUAUUUAUCAACUCUUCUUUUUCAAGUUCCCAAUUUAAUAAGAGGAACAUUUCUUUUA